AUCUCAAGUCUCCACCUUGAUUUUUUCCUUUUCCUUGUCUUUUUUAGUAUAUACAAGAUUUUCCCUCUCUCAAUCUCUGAUUCUCCCCUCAAAAACGAAAAUGGCAAAUUCUCUGAUACUAGCAGCAGCUGCUGCUAACAAGUCACUACUAGCAGCACCGUCUCACUGCCACUCUUUCUCAUUACACUCAAAUUGCCCUCCUCCUCACCACUCUCAAUCACUUCCAUACAAGCCCUUCCUCCAUCUUCACUCACUCUCUCUGACUUCACUUCAUCGCCGACUCAUUCCAGUUCCUGCUCUUGACUCUGACGUCCCUCACCCUCUUGACCAGGGUUCAGCAGUGAAGGUAAAGAAUAAUAGAAGUAAGGAAAUUGAAGAAUGGGACUCUUGGACAGCCAAAUUCUCUGGAGGAGCAAAUGUCCCUUUUUUGUUACUCCAAAUGCCUCAAAUCAUUCUCAAUGCAAAAAAUCUUAUGUCUGGAAAUAAAACUGCCCUUUUGGCUGUACCAUGGCUGGGGAUGUUAACUGGGUUGCUUGGAAACCUUUCAUUGCUUUCCUACUUUGCGAAAAAGAGGGAAACCGAGGUUAUUGUGGUGCAGACACUGGGAGUGAUUUCGAUUUACGUUGUAAUUGCCCAGCUUGCAAUGGCAGAGGCCAUGCCUCUGCCUUACUAUAUGGUCACUUCAGUUGUUGUAGCAACUGGCUUGCUAUUAAAUUUCUUGAAUUACUUUGGAAUGCUCAGUGCUGGAAUCUGGCGCUUUUGGGAAGAUUUUAUCACUGUUUGUGGAUUGUCGGUCCUCCCUCAGGUUAUGUGGUCUACAUUUGUCCCAUAUAUACCAAACUCCAUUUUGCCAGGGGUAAUAUCUUUUGUCACAGCAGUCGCAGCUGUUGUCAUGGCACGAACAGGAAAACUCUCUAAAGAAGGUGUAAAAUUUGUUGGAGCAACAUCUGGAUGGACAGCAACACUUCUCUUCAUGUGGAUGCCAGUGUCACAAAUGUGGACAAAUUUCCUGAAUCCUGAUAAUAUUAAAGGCUUAUCGGCUUUCUCAAUGCUGCUUGCUAUGAUUGGAAAUGGACUUAUGAUCCCACGUGCCCUUUUUACUCGUGACUUAAUGUGGUUCACUGGUUCUACAUGGGCUUCCCUUUUCUAUGGUUAUGGGAAUAUUUUAUGCAUGUACUAUUUCAACAGCGUUAGUGGGAAAUUUCUUUUGGCAGCAACAGCUGGUUUGGUUUCAUGGAUAGGUAUGGCUCUAUGGAGAGACACUGUAGUUUAUGGAUACAGCUCACCUCUUAGGUCUUUGAAAGAGUUGAUUUUUGGCUCUUGAAUUCCUAAGGCAUGCUGCAAUGGCGCUUAAAUAAGAUGAAGCAACCUGAUCUAGCAUCUUGACUGUUUUAAGUUUUAUGAAAACUCAUCUUCACCGAUCACUGUUGAGAUGCCAGUGCUCAGUUAAGAUUACUACUCCAGCCCUUGGUUUACGUUUGCUACUAGUCUGGCUAUGGAAAUUUGAACUGGAGAGGAUGCUGUAUGGGAAUCACAUUCGUUUGCACUUUGAGAUAAAAAUUAGGAUGAGUAUGUUGUAAUUGAUAUUGUAAUAAUACAAGAUUAUUGGUUGACCAAUACCAAAGCGCAUUGAAGUUACCUGAGAGGAGCAAAUAAUUCUUGCAAGUUAAAUAAAAUGUACAAUUAAUUUCAGAUUA